ACAGAUGUAACGAAGUGUUCGGAUUGUUUCUGAGUGUGACGUUCCAAGCAAAAUAGGGAAUAGUAGCACGUGUGUCUAUUGUGUAGUUGUUAUUUGAAGUAUUAGUCAGCUGAACAGAAAUUUUUAUCAUGGCUGUGUUAAUUUCUACAUCACGCGGUAACAUGAACUCCAGUUUGUGUUAUGUUUUUAGUAUGACAUGGUUCUGUCAUUAACAGUAUUGUAUUUUACAUUUUCUAUGUGGACAUUGUGUUUCCUUCUGAAUAGCAAUAAAGAAAUAUUAAUCUGAGAGCGAAGACAAUGGAUCCUGCACUUCUAAGAGAACGGGAGCUCUUUAAAAAAAGAGCCUUAGCAACCCCAACGGUAGAGAAAAAGAAGAAAGAUUCAGAUAAUGUUCAAUCACAGAAGGAUGAAUCAUCCAAGAAGAAACCAAAACCACCAUCAUCCUCGGCUGGACCCAAGCUUGAUAUUGUUAAUUAUAAAACUAUGAGUGGCAGCUCACAGUACAAAUUUGGAGUCCUUGCUAAGAUUGUUAAGUACAUGAGAUCAAGACAUCAGGAAGGUGACGAUCAUCCAUUAUCUUUGGAUGAAAUUUUAGAUGAAACCAACCAGUUGGAUGUGGGUUCAAAAGUAAAACAGUGGCUAUUGACAGAGGCUUUGGUAAAUAAUCCGAAGAUUGAAGUUACUCCUGAAGGAAAGUUCAUAUUCAAAGCAUCUUACAAAAUUAAAGACAAGAAGAGUUUGUUGCGAUUGUUGAAACAGCAUGACUUGAAGGGUCUAGGAGGAAUCUUGCUGGAAGAUGUCCAGGAAUCUCUCCCACACUGUGACAAAGCACUGAAGGCUCUCCAGAAUGAGAUAAUAUACAUCUCACGACCUAUUGACAAGAAAAAGAUAGUAUUCUAUAAUGAUAAAACAGCAGCACUGCCAGUGGAUGAAGAGUUUCAGAAGUUAUGGCGCUCGGUAGCUGUUGAAAGUAUGGAUGACCAAAAGAUUGAGGAGUAUUUAGAAAAGCAGGGUAUUCGCUCAAUGCAAGAUCAUGGGCCUAAGAAACCAGCACCACAUAAGCGCAAGAAACCCAAUCACCGUAAGAAGCAGCUGAAGCGUCCUCGAGAUAAUGAACAUCUGGCUGAUGUAUUGGAAACCUAUGAUGACAAAUGAGAUGCAUGAAAUAUAACAGACGAGGCAUUUUAAUUCAAACAGUUUGUAUCAUACGAGACAAACUGUUAGCUGUUGUUGGGAGCUGUAAGAGGAGGUGGAGAUACUCUUUGGAGACUUAUCUGUUAUGUUGAGCAGAUUUGUUUUGUGGAAUAAAUUAUUAGAUUGAAAUUUCUUACUGUUAUACUGAAGCUUAACAUUUAAUGUGAAAACUAAUGGAUGAUUUGGUAGUUUGUUUAGUUGUACUGUGUUAACCAAGUUAUUUGUAAGUUUACUGAAAUAAAUUUGCUGUGCUGCUCAUA